AAGUAAAUUUUAAAUUUAAACAAAAUAAUAAAUCUAGCAAUUUCAGAGCGAAUGAUGUCACAUAAAAUAAUUGAAUGUUAUAAUGUAAGAAAGUUUAGGUUGUUGUCCCUCAUCAUAUUGCAUUACAUUUAUUAAUGAAAAUUUAGUUGGAGAUGAUCAAAUAGAAUAGAAUCAAAAGAAUAAAGAGAAGUCAAAGGCUAAAAACCAUCCAUCCAUUCAUUCAUAGGUAGUGCUUGAAACACAAAGGCCAUGAAGCAUCCAUCAUCCAACAACAACAACAAGGUCUCUCUCUCUCUCUCUGAGAAAAGCUAAAUGGUGAUUCCUCCUCCACCGAUCACACUCACACCCACUAACCGAUACCUGUAACCUCAUCACCACCUUCCUCUUCCCAAUUCCCAAACCAACCCAACCCUCUCCUUCAUUUUUAUUUUUCAAAAAAUAAAUAAAAAAAUAAAAUAAAACCUUCCACUGAGGUUCAAGCACGUCACAUCCUGUUAUAUCUCUCUCUCUCUCUCUCUCUCUCUCUCUCUCUCUAUCACCCUUCAUCUCGCUCGUUUUCUCAAUCUCGCUUCUUCAAACCCAUGCUCGCCAAUUAGGGUUUCCCGAUUUCGUGAAAGGGAAAAGGGAAAUUGAAGAACAAGAAGAUGAUGAUGAUGAAGAUUUGGGGAUUGAAGAUUGUGUUGGCCAUGUUCCUCUGUUGUGGGACCCUCUCCUGCACCGCUCAUCCGCGUAGGGUUUCUCUCUCCUCCACCGUUUGUCCUGCGGAGACCAUUUUCGAUUUCAUCUUAGGGUUUCCCGACAAGACCUGUUCCGUGCCCGAUUCUCUUCGAUCCAUUCGUUAUGUUGGUGUCACCGAGGGAGAUGAGGUUACUUUGCAGAAAGCGCUGAAUAUGGUUCACAAAAAUAAUCAGGAGUAUGUAGCUAUACUGUUCUAUGCAUCGUGGUGUCCUUUCUCUCGGAUAUUUAGACCAGUUUUCUCCGUCCUCUCUCUACUAUAUCCUUCAAUUCCUCAUUUUGCUAUUGAAGAAUCAUCCGUGAGGCCAAGCACGCUGUCUAAAUAUGGUGUCCAUGGUUUUCCUACGCUGUUCAUUUUAAAUUCUACCAUGCGAGUUCGUUAUCAGGGAUCUCGAACCCUUGGUUCUCUCGUUGGUUUCUACAGUGAUGUCACUGGGAUUAGGAUUGAUUCACUUGAUCAAGUGUCCCUUGACAAUGUUGGGCGUCCAUCAGCUAAUGAGAUUAAUGGUAACACUGAGCCAGAAAGCUGUCCAUUUUCAUGGGCUAGGUCCCCUGAAAAUUUACUGCGCCAGGAAACUUAUUUGGCUCUGGCCACUGCUUUUGUGGUUUUGAGAUUACUCUACUUAUUUUUUCCUACACUACUUAUAUGUUUUCAAUAUGCUUGGAGACGGGUCAUUCGAAAUGUAAGAUUAGGGAGCUUGCCAGAUCAUGCGUUGGUUUAUUUGAAGCGAAUAAUACAGUCAUUUAAGUCACUGAAAGAGCCAUGCAAGAGAAGUAAUCUGCAAGAAGGAGCAUUCAAUGCUAAAGCAUGGGCUUCCAAGUCCCUUGCCACAGUUUCAAUUGGAGAGGAAAGUAGCAGCCGUGGGAUUCACCAGUAAGUUGACUGUACCGAGCAGUUUUCCCUUGUGAAGUUGGAGAUUUGAAUAUCCCCUAUGAAAGGCUUGGCUGCAAGUUAUGCCAUGUGUUUUUGUAUCAAGCAUCAUCUUCACACCUUUGAACCUCAUGCUUAUGAGGUCAAUUAUGUUACUGAAUGAUGUAAUCGACCUUGAUUUGUCGAUAUGAUCACGAAAUACUUCAUUUAGCUUUCUAGAAAAUUGAGACUUCAAUGUGUAUAGUUUAAAUUUAGCAAACUUGAGGUGCAAUCUGUAAUUCUUUGACUUGUAGGUUUUCUUUGAAGGUCAAAUCUUUUGAUCAUCAUAAAUUUAUUUUUGUUGGGAAUGAAAUCGUUGUAAUUCUUGCCUCGUACUGAUUGGAUACCAUGUUCAUGUGUGGUUAUUUGUAAAAUUUCCAAAGCAAUAAGUAUGACUAAAAUAUAGGAGUAUUUAUAUAAAAACUAGAGUAUUUGUUUGAA